AUGCGAAUAUCAACAAGUAUAUUCGCGCUGUGUCGCGUUUGCAAUCAUCAAGUUCAGAGCCCAAAACCUCUUGAAACUCAAACUCGCGUCGCGCAGGCUUGUAUGCAAAUGACACAGGAAUUGGAACAUUGGAGAGAAACAGUAUAUCGAAAACGCAAAAAGUUUUAUGACUAUUUAAUAUUCGAAAUUUCGGAACUUCCGGAACUCCGAUUUUCUUUCCGGACAUCCCUGCAAUGUACGCCACGCGGGGUUUCAGACGCAAAAAUGAAACUAUCCAAAUUGAACACGACUGACAUUUCCAUACCGUCGAGAACCCAACACGAAUUGCACAUGUGUUCCAGAAAUAGACCCAGUUUGUGUGAGAGAUGGUGCAUAUCAAUACACUUACUCGAAUAUGUGCAUUUUCCAAUGUGCACAGGAAACAAAGAAAGAUGUACCAAAGUGUUUGCGAGUUUGAAGAAAGACAGUGCAUCGAAUUCAAAUUAUUCAAAAAUCAUAUUUCAAUGGAUUCAAGUCAAGAGAAAUUGGAAUCCAGUUUGCGACAAAAAGGGACAGACGCAUGCAAACUUUUGCACAUUUUUAAACUCCAAAUGUUAUCACAAGAAUCAACUGAAUGAAACUUUGGAAGUGGACUACUCGGGUGUCUGCUGCGAAGACAUGUGUUCGGCCGGUCAAACAACUCUAACAGUUUGCGAUUCGGAGGGCAAAACGCAUACUGAUAUAUGUUCUUUCUACGUUGCAAAGUGCCGGCAAAUAAGACGUGGUACCGGAAAAAAGCGUCUGCAAAUUGCUGGUGUCGGACCGUGCAAGCCGAAAAAUCCACUUUUCCGAUCAUUUGAUUAUUUCGUCAACCGAUCGGUCAAUUAUCGCCAAUCAAAAGCUAAUCGAGUAUGA